AUGCUGCAGCUGUCACUAGCCCUGCUGCUCUUUCUGGCUCUAUUUGCCAGCUUGGAAACAGCACCAACUUCAUCGACUGGAGUUAAGCAGGAGAAAUAUGUGCGGGUGUAUGAAAUCAAUGAGGAGCAGUACCAGCGGGUCUUGCAGCUGACCAAGGGCAGGAAUGUUAUAUCAGAGGCCCGGCUGAUCAACGGAGGCUUUGCCACCGUGAGUGACACCUUGAGCUCCGGAUGGAACUCCCUUCUGCGGAUCGUGGGCCUCACCACCCUCAGCAGGGCCGAUGAGGCCGAGAAGGUGGACUUCGAUGGUCAGCCCUUGUGCGUGAUCAAAUCUCGCGAGGGAGAGGGCAGGGAGGAGGACGUGACCUCCGCUAGAAGCUCGGCCAGGGACAUCGAAGCCGAGGAAGAAGAUUCCGCCAUCCACUGCAUAGUGGUGCUCAAGAAGGAUGGCGAGUUUGAGCUCCCAACCCUGGAUGCUCAUCCAAACUACGCCCAGUAUUGGAACAAACCAGAGACGUCUAACCCUGUCGAGGAAGCCCCUGUUCCCAACCAGUCCUCGGAAGUUAUCAAGGAGGAAGAGGCAGAGGAGACCACGACACCAGCGCCAUUGAAAAAGAAAAAGGUUAACAAAAGCACUUAUCCAAGGGCAGGCACUUUGGCGGACGACUCUGAAAGUUUCCGGCAAUAUGGCUACCCUCCAGUGCAGCCCCAAUAUGGAACCCCCUAUCCGCCAGCUCCCUCCUAUGGUGGCUAUCCGUACAGUCCCUAUCCCAAUCCCCUGCCUUACCCGAACCCUCAGCCAUAUGGACCCCAACUACCGUAUGCACCAUCGCCAUAUGGGCAAUCUCCUUAUGGACAAUCUCCCUAUGGACAAUCUCCCUAUGGACAAUCUCCUUAUGGACCGUAUCCCCAACAACCCUAUGGUCCCCAGCCCCCCAUUGGUCCUUACGGUCCGCAGCCCUAUGGAAACUAUGGAUAUCCCUACUUGGAUCAGAACCAGUUGGCUCAGGUGAAUGCCAUUAAGGAAAUAGAGAAACUCGAGGCUGACGACGACCAAGAAGAAGAUGAGGACUCCUACGAGAACGAAGAUGAAGAUGACUAUCGCUAUAAGAACCGUUUAUACUCCUACAAUCCCAUGUACCUCCAGCAAUCUUAUCUUAACCAAUAA